ACCACGUGGACAUUGUUUAACAAUAUAUGCUUAUAUUUGGUAAGAAAGAAAAGAAAUAUCAUUUUCAUCGACAUCUCUAGGGUUUUUUGUGAUCUCAAUUCUCUCUCUACGUUUUCGCCGCCUCUAUCCGCUAAUCAUGCCUCGCCGAAGCUCUGGAAGAUCUGCUCCUCGUCCUGCCCCUCGCGCUGCUCCUCGUCCUGCUCCAGCCCCUGCACACCAUGCUCCUCCACCAGCUCCCAUGCAAAGUAGUGGUGGUGGAUCCAUGCUUGGUGGUAUUGGUUCUACCAUAGCUCAAGGUAUGGCCUUUGGUACUGGAAGUGCUGUGGCACACAGAGCUGUAGAUGCUGUCAUGGGUCCACGCACUAUUCAACAUGAAACUGUUGUCGCUGAGGCAGCAGUAGCUCCAGUAUCCGCUGCAAGCAGUGCAGGUUCUGAUGCUUGUGGUGUGCACACUAAAGCAUUCCAAGAUUGCAUUAAUAGCUCUGGAAGUGACAUUGGCAAGUGUCAGUUCUACAUGGACAUGUUGUCCGAGUGCAGGAGGAACUCAAUGAUGAAUGCUUAAGCUUUAAUAACUUUGAACUCGUUCUUUUAUCUGAUUGUUAAAAAAGAUUGAGCUGGCAAGUGAAUUUGGUUCUUGAUAUACCUUGCCUCCAAUAAUUAUUGGCUGAAGCCUGAAGUAUUGGACUUUUAUGGACCUGUCCAUCUUUCAGUUUGCUUUUAUGCUAUGGUAUGCUACAUUUGGCUUCAUUGAUUAUUAUAUCCAUUGUUUCAAGAUAAUAUAACUCCAAGGUCUUGUGUGAGUAUAAUUUAAUUGACUAAGAAGCUGACAUCUCCGAAAGUGGAGUAUUGAAUCUUGA